GGACAGUUAUAGAUCCAUUAGCAGAUAAAACAUUAAUUACCAUUCUGACGGUUACUUUAGCCAUGAAAGACUUGUUACCAAUACCAAUAGCGACUAUAAUUUUAGGUCGAGAUUUCUGUCUUAUUUUAGCGUCCUUUUAUUAUAGAUAUAUUUCACUUCCAGCACCGAAAACACUGUCCAGAUAUUUCGAUAUAUCAAUCCCAUCAGCAGAAGUCAGACCAACUCUGAUUAGUAAGGUGAAUACCGCUUUGCAAUUAGCGCUUAUGGGUACGACACUUUCUAGCCCAAUAUUUGGUUGGAUCAAUAUUCCAUUCUUGAAAGCAUUACAGUAUACUGUUGCGGGAACAACGAUUUGGUCUGGUAUAAGCUAUGUGUUCUCUAAAGAUGCUAUAAGAAUAUUAAAGCAGCCUCGUAUUAAAUGA